AUGUCGCUAAUACAAGACAAAGAGAUAACCGUCGAGUUCGGAAACAUCUACGACGGGAAAGAGAAAAAGGAGGCGUUUACCGGGGACAUGAUAGCCGUCCCCAGCGAAGAUAGAGACCUAGCCACCUGGUUAACCGUCAUCACGUUCUUCAACGAGGAAGAAGAGCACAGCGGCAUAUACGCUGACGUGGUGUACAUCACCAAACCUCAAGUUUUAGUCACGGUGCGGGUGAAGGCAAUGGUGGUGGGAACCAACCUUCGAGAUUACAGUUCGUUGCCUUACAACACCGACAAAGACGAGCUAAUCCAACUAAGCCACGGAGGACCCGUGGACGUCAUGAGUUUCGCUAAACAACACAAGAGAGUGUACGACAUACGCAAAGCGUGCUCCGACAUCGCCAGCGGAAGACCAACCAAGACGUACCGCACCAUAACAGCGGAAACCUGGGGCGACAUGAUAUUUGUGCUGCGACGCCGGCCUCAUAAAGACAGACAGCCAAUGAGGGUGGAGAAGCUGAUGGAGAACAGAUUAGUGACUAUAGAGCCUGAUACUAUAAGUAUCGGAGAUAUAGUAGACAUACCCGUUUGGAUGGACUUGUGGUACGGACCCGUUGGUCUUAACGUGGAUCCCUCUACGAUCGCAACGUUUGACAGGGUAAUCGUACUCGAAAGGGCCAUCAAGUUCGUACACACCGAACAUAUAGCAGGUGGUGCAGCUUAG